UUCGUAUUUUAUACGUCGAAGCGUUCACAGCGUUCUUGAGAUAAAACAAUAAAAAUACUAUAGUGAAAUAUAGUAAAUAAAAAAAUAUUAAAUUUAGCCAGACACAGGUUGGAGUAGAAAAAUAAUAAUUUGUUGGUGCAAAAAUUAACUAAACUGUAAUUUUAAGCCGAACCGCAAGUAAAAUAUUACCAAAUAACUGAAAAAAAGAAAAUUAAAUAAUACAAAAGAAAAUAUAAAAAAAAAUACUGCAGCGCUCUGGCGUUGUCGCAACGCUAAGUGCAACUUGGUGUGACGCAGUCCGCCGUUUGUGGGGCGAAAGAAGAAAAUUAAUUGCAAUUUGCAAGAUUUGUGCAAUAAUUGUGAUAUCGCGCGCGCGUUUGGCUGUGAGUGUGUUUGUGUGUGUGCGAUAUAUUGUAGCAGAAAAUAAAUCAAAUUUGUAAUUCAAAUGCCGCUAAAUUGCUUAUGCAUUGACUUAAUUGUUUUAUAAAAACUAAGAAAAAAAAUUCAAAACAUUUAUUAUCUCAUACAAAUUCACCCAGCUACUCAGUCAGCUGGUUAAAGUCGUUACGCUCACUACAUGCAUAUGUACAUAUAAGUCGUAGAAAUUAAAAUUCAAGCCACUAGUGUCUCAGCGUUUGCGCCUUAAUUAACAGUUAAUUGAAUUAUAUAUUUAAAUGAAAUGCCCACCUAAGUGACAUAUUUUUUCUCGAUCUACUUUUACAAAAUUACAUCAGCGUUGCAAUAUUGCAUAAAAAGAAUAAGACUUGUGUAGACGAAUUACGUAGACAAUCUACAGCGCCGUCUUUGACAUAGUCGAAUAAAUAUAUAAAUAAAAUUUGUACUGCAAUCAGAAACAUACAUACAUAAAAACUGUGCAAGUGCUAUAAUAAAGUGCGCAACGACAAAAUGUUGAAAAUAUUCAAGAGCAAGAAAGACAAGUUGCCAAAAUCGGAAAUCAUCACCUGUGAACCGCAGGUGACCAAAGAACCGCGCACGAAAUGCGGUAAACCGCUGGUGUUGGACAACACACGAUGGGAGAGAAGACUACACAAAGAGUUGAUGUCGCUGAUAAAGGAACCGCCACCGGGCGUUACCGUUGAUACCGAUAGUAUAGGACAAAACUUAUCAGAGUGGAAAAUAAAUAUUGCUGGUUUCGAAGGUACACUGUACGAGGGUGAAAAUUUUCAGCUGCUAUUCAAAUUCAACAAUAAAUACCCCUUUGAUUCGCCAGAGGUAACGUUUAUUGGUAAUAAUAUACCCGUACAUCCGCACGUCUACUCCAAUGGACAUAUCUGCCUUUCUAUAUUGACAGAGGAUUGGUCGCCAGCGCUUUCAGUACAAUCCGUCUGUCUGAGCAUAGCAUCGAUGCUAAGUAGUUGUCGCGAAAAGAAACGUCCACCAGAUAACACACUCUACGUGAAGACCUGCAAUAAGAAUCCAAAAAAGACUAAAUGGUGGUAUCAUGACGAUUCAGUCUAGUGGAAGUCGUUUGCCGCUGCCGACCGGUAUAAAUAUAAGCUGUUCGCUGCAUUGACAAACUCAUUGCUGGUACUUAGAAUGGAACUACAACAACAAAUUACGCAAAUAUACACUGAGAGUAAAUUGUCUGUGAAAAAAAUACGUCGACGCGUAAAGUUCAAACGUAAACGCGCAUCCGCAAUUAAUUAUAUAUAUUAAAUAUUAACUAAACAGCUAUAAAUUGCAAACAAACAAAAACAAAAAUCAACAAAACAAAGUAAUAGCCACAAACAACACCAAUUGGGAAAUUGCCGCUCGGGCAAAGUGAGACGUUUGAGCUGAAACCAGUUUGUGAACGUGAAUGUGCGUAGGCGUAUACGUAAACGUAAAGAAAGAAAUACCGUAUUUUAAAUUUAAAUAUAUAUUUUAGUUAUUAUAACAUAACAUAACUUUAUCUUGACAAGCCAAUAACAGCAAGAGAUGCAAAAACAAAAUACAUAUACAUACAUACAUACAUACAUAUACACAUAUAAUAAAGCGUAAGUAACCUUUUGGAACUUAAGGUUGCAUUAGACACAUACCCCAUACACAUAUACAUACAUACAUACACGUAUACCUUUCUGCAAAAAAAUAUAAAAAAUACGAGCAUGAAUACGACGUAAAAUAGAAAAAGUGACUAAAUUUUCGAGAAUAAUAAAAUAGAAUACUUGAAAUGCGAUAAUUGUAUGAAUGUUUAGACUACAUUGAAUGAAAAGACAUUUUUUAGUACAUAACCUGUAAAUCCAAAACGAAAAUUAUAAGUGGUAAAUUUGCAUGGAAAUUUAGUUUUAAUUUAAUAAGCUCUUAAAUAUUUUUUAUCAUUAUCCAAUAUGAAUUUGGCGCUUUAAACUGUGGCUUCAGAUUUUUGUUUUGCAUAAAUCUUUAUUUUUUAUGUUUUGGCUUUUCAUAAAAAAAUAUAUAUAUUAAAGUAAUUAUUGUACAUGCAAACAAAAAAAAACACAAAUUAAAAUAGAAAUCAGGCAUUAUAACAAAUCAUGUAAAAAUAUCUAAAAAUAUUAUUAUGUAAAAUGAUUAUACUGAAAAUACUGUUAAAAAUGAUGCAAACCGCUUUGGAAACGACGCAGCGAAACAUUCCAUUCUGUGUUUGUUGAAAGUGCAAUAAACAAGAAAUAAAAAACAAAAACACCAUCUUAUUUUACAAACACAGAUUGAUUUAAAAACAGUAAAACAAAUGAAUUUUAGCAAGAAAUGUUUGCUGUUUGCUCGCAUCAUUUAAUAGAGGAAAAUAAUAAGAAAACAAUUCACUGCAAUGCACUAUUUAUAACAUGAAAUGGAAAUUUGUUUUGAAAUUUUAAUCUUUUCCUAACAACCCUCAAUAGCUUUGUGUACUGUACGCUUUAGUAAUAUGUGUAUGCCCGAACUUAUUUUACUCAUUUAAUUUUAUUUUUAUUAUAAUAAUUAUUUUCACAAAAUUUGUAUGUACCUUGGCUAAUGUACAUAUGGUUUUUUUUGUUUGUUUUGUAAUCUUAGCUUCUAGACCUAACACCUUGGUGCAAUUCUUCUGUAUUAUUCGUAUAAAACUAAGAUUAGCUUGUCACUGUACUGUUGCCAUUUCAGUACACUUGUGAUUUCCGUGUCUAAAUGAUUUGCAUAUGACAUAUGCGUAUAUACAUACUUACAUACAUAUACAUAGAAUAUUAAUUACGAUUUCCUUAUAAAUUUAGUAAUUGCCAAUUCUUUUAACGUAUACCUUAAAUGAUCUUAAAAUAUAAAUAUAUGUAUGUAUUUACUUGUAGAUUGCGGUAUAUUGCCGUUAUAUGGUAAUUUUACUUCUUACCCCCACUUAAUUAUAACGCUGUAAUAUUUUGUUUUGUCCAUAAUGUGUACGUUUAUUUUUUUGUUUAAUGUAUUGUAGUUAAGUUGAUUUAUAUUAUAUAAGUGUAAGUCAAGUUUGAGGUAAAUUAAUAAUGCAAAAUGUAACACAUAUUUGAAACAAUCUUAAUAAUACUUGUAAAUGCGUGUCAUUGUCAAGUAUUUAAUAAAAACAAAACUUAUGAUUACAAUUAA